AUGACUACGCAACUGCGCAGCCUGAUCUUGCUUCUAGUGGCUUCUCUCUCGCUGGCGAGCGCACAAUUCAAUUUCUUUGAUCAGAUGUUUGGGCAUCCCCAACAGCAGCAGCAGCAACAGCAACAACAAAGAGGACCUGGACCUUCUGAUAAUUCCCAAUGGAUGGCCCAUUCAGAAGCCCUAUCGUGCUCCCAAUACCUCUGCCCAAGUACCCUGGCAUGUGUCAAGAGACCGUCUGAUUGCCCAUGUCCCAAUGCAGAGGAUAUCAAGUGCACCGUCCCAGACGCAGUAGAUGCAGACGCAGCAACGGUUGUUUGCGUGAGGGGAGUGGAGGAGUGUACACCAGUCGAACGACUGACGCGUUCAUAUUCAACAUGA